AUGCUCUAAUUAAUAGAUAUUUAUCUGCUGCAAAAUUAAAAUUUUACUACAGGUAUUAUUCUAGUUAGUUUGUAGUUAACAACUCAAUUAAGAAAUAUGUACAAUCUUUAUCAUUUUCUUUAGAAGUGAAAGCAUAAUACAUUUCCACCUUUAUAUAUAAACUGAUUGCAAAAUAAUUCCCUAAUGAACAAUUUUGUUAGAUAUCAUCAGGAAAUUUUCGGCUAACAAUUACCACACUGGUAGUUACGAUAAGUCUAUCCUAUUAUGGGAUGUUAAAACAGGAUAAUAAAAAGCUAAAUUCGACAGUCAUAGAGCUAUUAUCAACUCAGUUUGUUUUUCUUCUGAUAGUAAUAUAUUAGCUUCUGUUAGUGAAGAUAGGUCUAUAUGGGAUGUCAAGACUAGAAAAAAAAAGCCAAAUUAAAUGUUUAGAAUUAAGGAGCCAAUUCAGUAUGCUUCCCACCUGAUGGAACUAUUUUAGCAGCUAGCAGUAAAGACUAUUCUAUCCGUUUAUCGGAUGUUAAGACAGAAGAAUAAAAAGCCAAAUUAGAGAGUCAUAGAGGUAUUAUCAACUCAAUUUGUUUCUCACCCGAUGGAACUAUGUUAGCAUCUAGCAUCUAGAGUAGAGAAUAUUUUAUUCGUUUAUGGGAUGUUAAAAAAAGUAGAAAAAGAACCAAAUUGGAUGCUCAUAAUAAAGGAGUCAAUUCAGUAUGCUUCUCUCUGGAUGGAACUAUUUUAGCAUCUUGUGGUUAAAGUAACUUUAUAAGUUUAUGGGAUUUUAAGACAGGAUAAUUAAAAACUUAAUUGGAUGCUCAUACAACUUAAGUCUAUUCAAUAUGUUUCUCUCCUGAUGGAACCAAAUUAGUAAGUGUAGAUAGGCUCAUAUUUUUAUGGAAUGUUAAGACACAAUAAUAAAAAGCACAACUGAAUGAUUAUUGUGGUUCUUUCUUUUCAGUAUGCUUCUCCCCUGAUGGAAAUACAUUAGCAUUUGGUAGUGUAGAUAAGUCUGUUCAUUUAUGGGAUGUUAAUGCAAGAUUAAAAUAAAGCAAAUUUGAUGGUCAUAGUGGAACUGUCUGCUCUGUAUGCUUCUCACUUGAUGGAACUAUAUUAGCAUCAGGUAAUUAUGAUAAUUCUAUCUAUUUAUGGGAUGCUGAGACAGGACAAUAAAAAGCCAAAUUAGAUGGUCAUUGUGGCUAAGUUCAAUAAAUAUGCUUUUCUAAUGAUGGAACCACAUUAGCAUCUGGUAGUUAUGAUUGUUCUAUUCGGUUAUGGGAUGUGAAAAAAUACAAUAAAUUGAAUCUUAAAAUAAGCGAUACAAAGAUAUAGAAGCUUAAUUUGAAACUCCCUUCAAUUAAAACAAUCCUGUUGCAGAAGGUAGUAUUUAUCAAUAUAUUCUAGCUUCAACUAAUAUUACUAUUCUCCUAAUAUCCUAAUCAACCUUAUUUUAAGCACAAGGAGCUCUAAUUCUUGAGGGCAAGUUUGAAAAUUAAUCAGAAAUAGAUUUUAAAAUCUUAAUUAAACAAAGAGGAAGUCUAAUUUUGGAAAAUUUGUUAAACAGUCUUCAUAUGCCAGCAAUAUUAACAAACCUAAUUAUUUUCAUAAUUAUUUCUUCCAUUAUUUUAACAAGCUUUAAUUAUAUUAAGUAUUUUAAUUCAAAAAUAAAUUUUUCAUUUAUAAGAAUUUGAAUACUAGCUAAAAUCCAAAAUAGAAGCUUGCUAUUUAGAAAUAUAGUAAAUUAUCGAAGUAAAUGUGAUUAAUAUCAUUUAGUUUUCAUUCGAUAGAAUUGAUAAUUAUUUUGAUUAAACAAUUGAUGAUGUAUAGAAGAACUUUAGUUCAAAAUUCAAAGAAUCAUAACAAUUAAUCCUUCCAUAAUAAUUUGUUUAAUUAUCAAUUAAAAGAUUUCGAAAAUUAAAAAUUUAUUAAUGA